AUUGGCUACCCGUGGUCACCAUCGGCAACGACGAGCGCGACGUUCACCCCGGCCUCCUCCAUCACCAUGGCGCCCACGUCCCACCCCCUUCUCCCUCCCCUCUCCGGGUCCUCCAAGGCCCUCUUCUUCAACUCCCCCAAUGAGUCCCACAUGUUCCACGAGCACCCUACACUCCAGACCGCCAUCCGCGUUACUCUCGAGUCUGCCGGUGCCGGUCUCCUCGUCUCGGCCGUCCAGAACGCCCUCGACAAGCAUGACCGCGGAGCAAUGGGCAUCUUCACCCGCACGGGCGGCACCAUCGGCCUCUUCGCCGCGAUGGGCUUCUCGUUCUCGUUUGUCUCGGACUACGUUGCGAACACGCGCCAGACUGACGACCCUCUGAACGGUGCCGCUGGUGGUUGCGCUGCCGGUUUUGUGGCGGGCCUUAAGCGCGGCUCGCUUCCCGUCGCCGUCGGCGCCUGCGCGGGAAUGGCGACCCUCAUCGGCACCUUCCAGGCUGCCGGCAACAACCUCACUGGCGGGCAUGGCAACGAGUCGCGGCCAGAGCGGGAAGAGCGCCGACUGCGCUUCUUCAAGCACCCCAAGCCUCUCACCGAGGAGGCAUGAUUAGCA